ACAUACAAAUAGCAUCCUAGAACUGCUUAUUAAUCUCAUACGCCACUGUUAUAUAAUCUGAAUUUGAAGAUUGUCUUAAACAAUGGACUUUUCUAUAUCUCAAGUUUGUUGUACUAAAUAAGUUUAAUUAUCAAGGCAUUCUACUCACAAGGUAACCGUUGAUUUUGAGCAUUGAAUUUACCAACUAUUUUCUGUUUUCAGGUGGAAAUACCUCGAAGACAAAGCUUAUUAGUAUCAUCAUUGGUGUUAUAGCACUGUUGGCUGUUGUACUGGCAGGAACUAGUUUUUACCUUGUGAAAAGAAGAAGACGUAUAGCCAAAGAGGGGGAUGAAAGUAAUCAAGAAACUCAAUUGCUUAACAUGAUAGAAGAAACACUUGCUGAAGACUUUUCGAAUGAUAAUUUUAGCUCCGAAAAGCAGGCGAGGUCCAAAGAGUUUCCAGUUGUAAAACUAGACCUCAUUCGAGCUGCUACACAAAAAUUUUCUGAAGAAAACAAGCUCGGAGAAGGUGGAUUUGGUCCAGUAUACAAGGGAAAACUAGCCAAUGGCAUAGCAAUUGCAAUCAAGAGGCUCUCUAGAACAUCUGGUCAAGGGCUGAAAGAGUUCAAGAAUGAAGUCGUCUUAAUUGCCAGAUUGCAGCACAGAAAUCUCGUGAAGCUCUUGGGUUGCUGCUUAGAGGGAAAUAAAGCAUUGCUUAUCUAUGAGUUCAUGCCCAACAAAAGCUUGGACUUCUUCCUCUUCGAUUCAAGAGAAAACGAGAUUCUGGAUUGGAGACAGCGUCUCCACAUUAUUAAGGGAAUAGCCAGGGGCAUCCUAUAUCUGCACGAGGAUUCUCGACUGAGAAUCAUUCAUAGGGACCUAAAAGCUAGCAACGUUUUACUGGACAAAGAUAUGAACCCGAAGAUAUCAGACUUUGGAAUGGCAAAGAUGUUUAGCGGAAAUCAAUGUGAAGCCAAUACAAAUAGAGUUGUUGGAACCUAUGGAUAUAUGGCCCCUGAGUAUGCAAUGGAAGGACUCUUUUCUACUAAAUCAGAUGUUUUCAGCUUUGGAAUUCUGGUCCUUGAGAUAGUAAGUGGGAGGAAAAACAAUGGCUAUGUUUCAGAAUAUGGUCAGAGCCUCUUUAAUUUUGCAUGGAAAUUGUGGUGUGAAGGGAAAGGAUUAGAGCUUAUGGACCCUGGCUUAUCGCAGUCCUGUGUGGCAGUUGAUAUAAUAAAAAGCAUCCAUAUCGGGUUGCUCUGCGUUCAACAAGAUCCAGCAGAUAGACCUACCAUGUCCUCUGCAGUUUUUAUGCUAGAAAAUGACCCUCAAACGCUUCCACAACCAUCACAACCUGCAUUUUCUAUUGGGCGAAUUGUUGUGAGAUCAGCUGAUCAGCCUCCAUCUAAUGAUCACUUGUGUUCGGUUAACGAUGUAACUUUAUCAAUUCAAUCACCCCGAUGAUAUAUAUAUUUAAAUCUUAUCCAGCUGUUGUUCUGACAAUUAUAGGGCGUCAAUUCUUCCACAAGGGGUCGUUCAGUUGGCAGAUAAGUUAAUGUAGAGAUUGUCAGACAAAAAUUACAAUAUAAGGAUUAAUAAUUCUGUAUUAUCUAGUGCA